UUAUUUAAAAAUGAAAAUGAAAUUAAUUAGGUGAAGUAUGUGAUCACGUGUUUGCGCCGUUGUAGUAGAGAGAGAGAGAUAUCCAGAGUAUGUACUACAUCCGUGAUUCGAUGAACAUGGCGCAGGGGAAACAGGCCGUCGGUGGACUGUAAACAAGAGGAAAUUUUGGGAUAAGAUCGACAUCGUACCAUGCACGUGUGAAAUGGUCUCAAUCUCGAUAUACUGGACCACUUGUUCUGCUUCAUUGAUGACUACGAGGCGACAGAUUGAGUGCAACGCAUCGAAUUGCAUUCAUAAACAUUUCUAUAGGACUUCAAACCCCUGAUCAUUCAUUGUUUUGGAUACUGAAAAAAACCUUGAUUUAUUGUGGAUGACAUCCUUGGACGACCAAAUGGCUGCACCUGGAAAAGUCAAACGGAGUAAUGAUUUGCCUCAAGGCGUCGAGAGGUUGAAAGAGGAGCACAAAAAGGUGGUGAAAGAUUGCAGAAGUCAAAUUGCGCAUUGGGAAAAGGUGGAAAAAGACUAUGACUUUCUUCAGGACCGCCUCAGGACCUUGCCUGACAAGUUGUCUUAUGAUAUUAUGGUACCAUUUGGUCCCUUGGCUUUCAUGCCGGGAAAGCUAGUUCACACUAAUGAGUUAACGGUGCUCCUUGGGGAUAACUGGUUUGCAAAGUGUUCUGCCAAACAAGCCGACACUCUUGUGGAACACAGAAAGAAACAUGUCAAAAAUUCACUAGAUGAUUUACAAAAAGUGAUGAAGAACUUUCAGAACAGAGCUGACUUUACAAAUGAUCUUGAAAAACUGACUGGUGGUACUGGAGAUUUUGUAGACAUUCGAGAAGAGGUAAAAAAUGAGGAUGAAGUUACCAAAGGAAAACAUCGUUUGGCCCACAAACCCAACUCUAAACCUAAGCAGGAGUAUUUUUUGGAGCUGACAGAGGACAAGGAGAAGGAAGAAGGUGAUGAAGAGAGAAAGACAGUGGUGCUGUCAGAGGAGGAGCUGUGGGCUCGACUUGAUGAGCUAGAGCGUCAGGAGGAACUGCAGGAUCAGAGAUACCGAUUGGACAGCACAGACACUAAUGGAGAAGACACCACUUCCUCCUCAGAGGAAGAGAAGGAAGCAGAUGGUGGCAGCAGUGUCCAGGUUAAUGGCCAUCAGAAGGAAAAUGGCUGGGCACCAUCAUCUCUCACAAGUCAGAUGAACGGCACUAAUGGCUUGCACCCUGAGGAGGAGGAGGAGGAGGAGGAGGAAGAUUGUGAGGAGGAAAUAGGCAAUGGUCUUCCAACUAUCUACUUUUCUCACACUGCUGAAUUAAAAAAGGUCAGGAUAAAUACAGGAAAGAACACCACUCUAAAGUUCAGCGAAAGAAAAGAACAAAAGGAGCAAGCCAAACGGAAAAAGAAAUGUGGCAGAAGUAAUUCUCUGAACGAAAGUCACAAGAUCACAAGCCCAGCAGACAUUUAUAGGGUGUUUGUGGACUUGGUGAAUGGAGAGCCAAUACCACGGAAGUCCAUUUUGAAGUCUCGCAGCCGUGAGAACAGCGUAUGCAGUGACACCAGCGAGAGCAGCACAGCUGACUUUGACGAGCGCCGUGCGACUUUUGGACGUUCAUGGAGCCAUGAUGAUGCCAUGCACAGUGAUACCAGCGAUGGCAUUACAGAGGAGGACAGCCCUACUGGAACGAGCCCCCGCACUAACGGACGCUUUGAGGCUUUUACAGGUACAGUGAUCGAAAAGGAUCCCCUGCCUUGCUCAAUCCCACACCUGACCAUCGCCCCUCCUGCCUUACCCACAAUCCCGGAGAGAAAGCUGGAAGAGCUGGGCCCAGAAGCGCCUCAGGAGCCACCCAAAAGGAUGUCCAAAUUCAAAGCUACACGGUUGCAUCAGAAAUAAGAAUUCAUCUCAUCAGGGCCCAGCUUUUGAAUUCAGUUAUAUACAACAGUAACAAUUAAAGACUGAUUUCUCACUAGCUGUCCUCUGUCCUCCACAUUGCUUCCAUACUGUCAUCUGUCUCGUGUUUCAUUUUGUGACAUGCAUGCUGGACAUUUUAUUUGGUAUAAGAGCAAUAGAGAUGUUACAUGAUUUAUCCCAAGAGAUUUUUCCCAACUUUUUUAAAGCCAGAUGGUUUAAGUAUGGACAAGAUGCACAUUUUGGUAUCUUUUUGUGUGCAUUAGUUAAAUGAUAGUCAAAAUAUUGAAAAAAAAUUAAAAAUGCUAAAAUGUUUUCAAGACAAACAAAAUAGUAGGUUUAGUGACAUCAUGACUGCUGUCAUUGUUGUGAUGUGGCUUAUUUGGAAAAUGCUUUAUUAAAGUUUAUUGUCUGUUUUGACCUAUGUUGGCAGUGAAAUAGCUGUCAACUUCUGUCAGCUUAAAAAACAUUUUUAUCCCUUCUGAACUUUGUCCUUGACUCUCCUUUAUCUUCUUUUGUAUUGUUUACAGAGCUAAUGUACAUCAGCUUUUUUUGUGACUGCCAGAAAAAAUGAUGUAACUGAAAAAAACAAAAUAAAUGAUUUUGACUAUA